AGUCCAUUCUGUUCUUCUAGUGCUGCCUUCUUUGGUUAUAUGGGAGUUGCAUGUGCUUUAAUUUUCUCAAAUCUUGGUUCUGCUUAUGGAGCUGGUAAAGCUGGUGUUGGUGUUGCUCAUUUGGGUAUUUUAAAUCCAAAACUUGUCAUGAAAGGAUUGAUUCCAGUCAUCAUGUCUGGUAUCUUGGGUAUUUUUGGUUUAAUUGUUGCCAUUAUUAUUAGUACAAAUGUUACAACUGGAAGUGGAUACAGUAACCAUAAGGGUUAUUCUCAUCUUGCUUCUGGUUUAUCUGCUGGUUUAUCCUGUUUAGCUGCUGGUUUAGCUCUUGGGGUAGCAGGUGAUGCUGGUGUUAGAGCAUUUGGAAAGCAACCAAAAGUUUUCGUUGGUUUGGUAUUAAUCUUAAUUUUCGGUGAAGCUCUUGGAUUGUAUGGCUUGAUUGUUGCCUUGGUUACUUCA